GAGGAGGCCAAAACAAAAGUUGAGAACGAAGAUAUAUAUAAACAAGAAUCAGUGAGAAAGAGAAGAAGCAUAUAAUAUAUAAUGGAUAUAGCGAUGGAGAGGGAGUCAUUGAUGACUGAAGCUCAAAACGCACCGGUUACUGCACAGAGAAGGGUCAGAAAUGAUUUGGAAAAUUCUCUGCCAAAGCCAUGCACCUCAUCUAUAUGUAUAAACAUGCCCAGAGCAUUGAAAGCUCCUGAUACAAGCCACCCUCAAGGAACACCAGGCCACAAGCAUCAUAACUUGUCUGUUCUUCAGCAGCAUUGUGCUUUUUUUGAUCAAGAUGGCAAUGGUAUCAUUUACCCGUGGGAGACUUACAAGGGGCUGCGUUCUCUUGGCUUUAAUAUUUUUGCAUCUGCUAUCAUGGCUAUUGUUAUCAAUGCUGGAUUGAGUUACCCCACUCAGCCUAGUUGGUUCCCUUCUCUCCUUUUCCCCAUCUACAUACAAAACAUACACAAAGCAAAACAUGGAAGUGACUCUGGAGUUUAUGACACAGAAGGACGUUAUGUGCCAGCGAGUAUCGAGAACAUGUUCAGUAAGUAUGCUCGUACAGUUCCGGACAAACUCACACUUGGGGAGAUGUGGGAUCUGACAGAAGGAAACCGAAAUGCGUUUGACCCAUUUGGGUGGUUUGCUGCUAAAUUUGAAUGGGGGGCUCUGUACAUUCUGGCUAGGGAUGAGGAAGGUUUCCUGUCUAAAGAAGCUGUUAGAAGAUGCUUCGAUGGGAGCUUGUUUGAAUACUGUGCUAAAAUGCAUGCAGGUUCUGCUGAUGCUAAGAUGGGUUGAAUUGGAUUACGCAAGUUACUGGGUUGGUACUGUGAUCAAUGUUACACCAAAAAAUAACACUUACAAUAAAUAAAGAGUUAAGUUAAUGUCUGGCUUCUGUUGUGUAUUAGCGUUUGGUUUAUGUACAUAAAAACAAUGCUUGGCUUUGGUUUCUACAAGGUUGUCAUCGAGAAUGUGAAACAGAUUCACAAAUCAAUAUUUGUGGAAGAGAAAUAGAUGAAGGUGAAUGAGAAUAUAGGAGAGUGAAAUCGUUACUUACA